CACCACCUCAUCUGCUGUCUUGGCUCCUGCCCGCUCCUUCCAAACCUACAGAGCACUAACACCACGGCAAUCAAGGCCACUGCCAUGGCAGUUAUCCGGUACUUGCGCAACUACCACCCAACCGUCAUUUCUCCGCAGUCAAAUGCCCACCAGCUGGUUGUUCCUUAACAGCAGCUGCCGCAGUUCCCACGAAGUGAGGGCAGUCACGGUCUGCACUCCACCAUACACUCCAGGCAAGCUCGGCCGGCUUCGAUGCCGUCUCUUUGUUCGGAUUUCCAAAACCAAACUCAGCAGGAAUUCACUUCAUUGAUCAAGUCAAGCGGGGGCGGAGGCGAAAGGCAAUACCGACCGGGAGCAUUUCCUGCUAAAAGAACACCACCCGACAACUCUAUUUCGAUGAUGCCCGUCGACCUCCCACGGCCUCAUCUCAGCCAUCCGUCACCGAGCUGUAGCAGCCACCACUAACAGUUCGAUAUCGCCAAAAUGGGUCGCAAAGAUAGGAACCCCACCUGGCGAGAAGCCAAUAUUUGGGAGAAGCCCACCCGGAGAUACAGCACCUGGGCGACGACCACAACAUGGAGAACAAACACAUGGGCCAGAGAUGAUGUCGACCCCGAUCCCGAGGCUCAAAAGCAUACAGAGGAGGCGAAGACCAAGAAGCCAUCAAGAUGGCGAUGGCGUUCUUUGGCGUCACUAGCACAGUCCAGCCCUAGCCUGCGACAUGUACAAGCCCGCUUUCCCCUGGAUCACCCAUCUCCACUGCCCUUUCCUGUGCAUUUCAGCGUCUCCUCCACCACUCAGGAGCCAGGAACCAGCGGAAAAGGAGGCCCCAUGGACACCAUCCACGUUUCGACUUCCGUUCGACUGGACCCUUGGAGGAAACAUCAGACAACACCUCUUGACUGGUCUGGACAUGGGAGCCAGGAAUGGUCAACACAGCCUCAACACCAAGCAGCCCACGGACAGUCUCGCAAAAAGGGAACCAAAAAGGGCGAAAUCUCAGCAUGGGCGAGACGCGGACACAGCGGAAGCAGGCCAUCCGUCGGUGUUAGUGGUCAACAUGUUCCACGCUGCCAUUGGCAUAACAGCAACACCUGA